CUUGCAGAUAGCAUUUACAGGGACAUUUUGAUCAGCUCCCUGCCAUGCACUGUGACUGGUGCCUUGGAGAAGAUGGUAAGCAGCCAGCCAGCUGCAGAAAUGAGUACUUCCCUGGCUAAUGAUUUCAGACAACUGAAGCAGGGAAGUCAUUGAACUAAGCCCCAGACUGGUUACCAAUUCAUAGAUACACAAAGUACUUUGGACUUUUCUUGUUUUGGCAAAAAAACCCAACAAGUUGGUGGCUGUUUUCCAGCCUAUCCAGAACCUCCGUACAAAUUCUGGGGUGGGAUGUAGGGGAAAGGUUCACUAACAGAAUGGAUUAACAGAUCUACUCUUCUGUUCGUAGAGGGUUUCUGUUUCAGACAGAUUGGACAGUCAAGGUGUUGGUUGAGUUUUGAGGUAAGCAAAGCCUAUUAACUUUUCGUUUGGCGAUGGGAGUGCUUCCAGACAGUGACUUAAUAUUGUACAUGGGUCACUAAGAUAAUCACAAAUGAGUCAUUGCCAACAGGUGUUUUUAAUACAGAAUUAAUGCCUGGAGAGGGUCAAGCUGGAUUAAAUUGGGAGGGAGAUACAGGCUGGCAUUUUGAUGCCACUAACACCGUGUGAAUGCUGCAAAAAGCUUGCGUGCACGAGACACACCAAUCCACAACACAAACGCAUCUGGAAGCAUCCAGGGUGUGUUUAAAAGAAGAGAGUGGCUUGAAUCUUAGCUAUCUUUUUUGGAAGGAAGUUGGGUGGGUUACAGCUUAAUAGAAUUGUCAGUAGCAUUGUAAGAAGACAAGCACUGUUCUUCCUUAGAAUAAUGAACCUAUACGUCUAUUAAGUUUUACAAGAAUGACAUCAAUGGCUGCUUAGGGGGGGAAAGCCCAUGGCUCCCUAGAGGCAGAGAAAUGAGGUCUUUAAAAUGGAAUACAAGUUACACUCUGGAACUAAGGUGCCCGGAUGCAAAGGAGGACCAGCCUCGGGUCUGCAGCUGCUGUUGCUGAAUGCCAGGUCGACACUGAGUAAGACCUCCUUCAGCCAUGAUCUGAUGAUGGAUAAGGCCAAUCUGGUCUGUAUCACUGAGAGCUGGGUGGGUGAGCAGGGUGGAGUUGGUCUUACCCAUCAGUUCCCACCUAGAUACUCUGGGCAGCAUCUGGGCAGACUUGAGGGCCAGGGAGCAGGAGUUGCUAUAGUCUGUAGGGUUUUUGUCUUUCUCUUCAGGCUCUCUGUCCAUUUGGGUGGGAUCUUGAGUGUAUGUUCCUAGCACUGGGCAAUUGGGACAGAUUAGGAAUUCUGUUGGCUUACUGUGCAUCUUGCUGCCCAGCAGUUUCCCUGCCUGAACUGGUCUUAGAAGGGGUGUUGAGGACUCCCAGACUGCUGUUUCUGGGGAACGUCAACAUCCAUGCCAAGGAAACUGACUCUGGGGUGGCUCAGGACUUCAUGGCUUCCUUGAUGACCAUGGUGCUGCCCCAACAUGUCACUGGCCCAAUGCAUGUGGCAGGUUACACUCUGGACAUUGUUUUCUCAGCUGAGCAGGAAGAGGGUGAUAUGAAAAUGUGCAAUAUUGACAUCAGUCCGUUGUCAGGAUCAGAUCCCUUGACUGAUUCAAGAACCUUGUCCACAUCCUUUAUCCUUACUAACUGAAACUCAUCCAGCAUAACAGGGAGGUGAUUAAUGCCCCCUUGAGAGAAUGAAUGGCUGUUAAAAGAAUGGAUUAUGCUUAACUUUAAGUGAAAAUGGCUGGCUGGGGUGCUGUGUGAGAAUGUGGGGUGGCUAUAACCACUUAUAGGUUCCUGCCUGACCCACCCCUGGUAUGCAGCCCUUUUACAUGCUGCAAAUACGGACAUCAAGGGGUGGGUGGCUCCCCCAUCUCUCUUCUAUUGCAUGUCCUUUCCAGAAAGAGUCUCCCUGGAGCGUUUUUUUUCUUUUAGGAUCCCUCAAUACUAAGCAUAGUGUCUCCGUUAAUUUCAACAGAGCAGUGCCAGUUUAGUUCAGUCGUUGUCACAGGCAAGGACACAGUCUCAGAAAUCAGUGUAAUGAACUCCAGGGCAGGCAUGGCUUUGUUAAUCAUUACCCUUAUGUUGUUAUGUUAACCUUUUGAGUGUUGCAAACUGCUUUCCUAAGAGAACUUUGCUGCCCGAUAACUCCAGAAUAGGGACGCAGGUGGUGCUGUGGGUUAAACCACAGAGCCUAGGACUUGCUGAUCAGAAGGUCGGCGGUUUGAAUCCCCGUAACGGGGUGAGCUCCCGUUCCUCGGUCCCUGCUCCUGCCAACCUAGCAGUUCGAAAGCACGUCAAAGUGCAAGUAGAUAAAUAGGUACCACUCCGGCGGGAAGGUAAAUGGCGUUUCCGUGCGCUGCUCUGGUUCUCCAGAAGCAGCUUAGUCCCGGAAGCUGUACGCCGGCUCCCUCGGCCAAUAAAGCGAGAUGAGCACUGCAACCCCAGAGUCGGUCACAACUGGACCUAAUGGUCAGGGGUCCCUUUACCCCUUUACCUUUACCUAACUCCAGAAUGGGAAUAAUGAAGCCUGGCACCUUCUUUAGGCGCCUUCAGGCACCAGGCAAACAACAUUCCUUUUUAACCAGGCCUUUGGUUGAAUUGAUUUACAUCCUAUGCCCUUUCAAAAUGUGGCUUUUUUUGGGGGGGGUAGUUAUUGGGUGGUGGUUGUUUUUGUUUUGAUUGUGUAUUUUGUGGUUUAAUAUUUUGCUUUGAUUCUGCAAACUGCCCUGAGACCUCCAGGUAUAGAGUGGUAUAUAAAUUCAAUAAAAUAAAAUAAAAAUAAACCUGGAAUGCAUAAAAACAACAAGAAUUAAAAAACAACCCUGCCAUGUUUUGCUUCCUCUUUUAAAAGAAAUACACAGUGAGCAUGUGGCUCCUUUUGGCAGUCUUGCUGUUCUUUGUCAUCCGAUGGUACCUGGAAAGGCAGAAGGUGGAAAACCUCCGAGAGAAGUAUGUCUUCAUCACUGGCUGCGACUCCGGCUUUGGGAACCAGCUUGCCAGGCAGCUGGAUGCUGAGGGGCUAAGGGUGUUGGCAGCCUGUUUUACACAGAAAGGGGCCGAAGAGCUGGAGAGGCUCACAUCAGAUCGGUUGAAAACCACCCUCCUGGAUGUCACCAGCACAGAGAGCAUUGUGGCAGCGACUGAGUGGGCAAAAGGGUGCGUCAGAGACAAAGGUACAGUGGCUGGCUUCCAGAUAUGAGCUUGAAGAUAGUGUGAUAGGAAUUUUAUGGUCUUAGAUAUAUGGUAAUGUUCAUAAGUGUACCAACCAAGCACGAACAUAGAUCAGCACAGGAAGACCAACCUGGAACCAUUUUGAUUCCUAAACUGAGCCAAUGUUUUCUCUGCAAGGUCAAAGUGGGAAACCUCCCAUUGUCUCUUUCCUCACAAAUCCUGCCUUAAGGGCACAUUUAAGCAGGAGCGAUACAGCUAUAUAGCAAUUUUAAUUGUGUGCACAAACAGCAGUUCAAGUACAGUAAUAGUUUCACACAAACAAGGGAAGAUUCAAAAGAGCCAUUUGUGGUAUCCCAUGGCAACAUAAAUCCAUAUGUGGCUCCGCUUCACGAGUCCUCUAUAGGGACUGCAUAGCCAGGUGUUUCCCUUAGCUUGCCUACAUAGGAACAUCUUCAAUAACUUUUAAAGCUUCCUACCUAUUUUUGGCAAUGCUCCAUGUCCUCCCUCUAGCCAGCAUUACCACCUGUUACUCUAGGCACACAAUCCCUGCAUGCUGUGAUACGUUGCACACAUUUGAUUCUGCAUCUGGCGAGCAAACUGUUUUACUACAAACCACAGCUGUUUCAACCAUUUUCCCUCUUACUCACUAAAGCACAGAAAAAGCAUGCUGAAGAACAACACUUUGAUACAGAAAGGCAGAUUUUAAAAAGGCAACUCGCACAAUCCUUGUCCAUCACACAUGGUGGGUGGUAUUGAUGGGAGGUGGAGUCCAACACCAUCGGCUUUCCCAUCCCUGUCUUACAAAACCUUGUGAGUGCAGAAUUUUUAGAAGUCCCCCCCCCCGAGCAACACAUUUUGUUAUGAGAAAAUUAAAUUUAUUGGUGUUCCCAAGCUUUGCUUAGCCUGGGCCAGAUGUUCAGCAUCAUUUUAUCGUGUUUUUAAUAGUCCUUUGGUUUCUGCCCAGAGUGGCUGGGGUAUAAAUAAGAAAUUAUUAUUUAAUUAUUAAUUAUGAUGAUGAUGAUGGUGUUCUUACUCAAAUGCUAACUUGCUGCCUCUACUCCACAGGGCUCUGGGGCUUGGUGAACAAUGCAGGGAUUGUGGAAGCGAUGGUACCCAAUGAGUGGCUGGACAAAGAUGCCUUUGUAAAAGUGCUAAAUGUCAAUCUGGUUGGACUGAUUGACGUGACGCUACACAUGUUGCCGCUGGUGAAGAAGGCCAGGGGAAGGGUUGUUAACGUGUCCAGCAUCCUGGGGCGACUGGCUUUCUACGGAGGAGGCUACUGUCCAUCUAAGUAUGGGGUGGAGGCUUUCUCCGACUCUCUCAGGUAAGCUAUCACUUCUGACAUCAUAAUUGUCAAAAUGCAGUGCAGAGAGGGGCUAAAUAUCUCAGGCCCAGAUCAAGAGGAGGAAGAAGGCAAUCAAUUUUGGGCUUUGCUGGCUGUUUCAUUCCCCCCCCCCACUCCACAGCUGGGGACAGUGAAGCUGAACAAUUAUGUAUCCCAUGCCAUUUUUUAAAUUAUUAGCUUUUCUGCUAAGGAGUGAGGUUUUAAGAAGCACCUUUUGCAAAAAUUUGGGCCGAAAUGAUGCCUACCUCUGCUCACUGGGUUAGCCUCAUCCCUGGAAUGUGAGAUAAUUUUCUACGGACCUUGCAAAGGGUCCUUGACUAGCCAAGUAAGCUUUUGAGUUCAGCUGUUUACAAUCACCUACCCUCGCUCCCAAAAUUCACCCUCACUCACCAUUUCCUUUAAUUGCCAGACCCAGAUUCAAACUAAAUUAAAUAUUCAAUUUCUUCCCAUAUAACUGUCGUCUGUUAGCCACAGUUGCGGGGUAGCUGUAUGAACCAGGUGAAACCCAUUGUUUCUUUCCAGGCGUGAUCUCCGCCCUUUUGGGGUGAAAGUAGCCAUGGUGGAGCCAGGCUAUUUCCGAACAAACAUGACUAACGUCCAGCACAACAUCAGCGUCCUCGAGCAGCAAUGGGUCCGCACCCCACAGGAAGUCAAAGAUAGCUAUGGACAGACCUACUAUGAAAGAUGUGAGUCCUCCCUGUGGUCUGUGGGGAGAGAACUGGGGCUGCCAUUGAGAUAAAGGUGGAUGGAGAACCUAGCGCCCUUCAGAUGUUGUUGGACUGCAACUCCCAUCAGCCCAAGUCAUCAUAACCGAUAGCUGGGGAUAGUGGGAGUUGGAGUCCCACAACAUUUUGGAGGGCCACAAGUCCCUUGCAUUUGCAAACCUCUGCCAGCAGAGCUUCCCUGUCCAUUUGAAGGAUGGGAGCUUUGCCCUUAAUAUUGGGUUGCAUCCACACCAUACAUUCAAAGCAUGUUUAUACCACUUUAACGGUCAUGGCUUCUCCCAAAGAAUCCUGGGAAUUGUAGUUUACCCCUUGCGGAACUAUAACCCCCAGCAGCCUUAACAAACUACACUUCCCACGAUUUGGGGAGGGGAGCCAUGAUUGUUAAAGUGGUAUAUAUGUGAUUUACAGGCAUGGUGUCCUUGGUUGGGGAAUCAUUUUGAAGCCAUUUGGGGGCCUUCUGCCCUUUUCACAGUACAGUGGUACCUCCGGUUAAGAACUUAUUUCGUUCUGGAGGUCCGUUCUUAACCUGAAACUGUCCUUAACCUGAGGUACCACUUUAGCUAAUGGGGCCUCCUGCUGCUGCUGUACCGCCACCGCACAAUUUCUGUUCUCAUCCUGAAGCAAAGUUCUUAACCCGAGGUACUAUUUCUGGGUUAGCAGAGUCUGUAACCUGAAGCGUCUGUAACCUGAGGUACCACUGUAGUCAUCAGUCACAACUCAGGCACUCAUUGGCUAAAACAGUGGAAGGUGGAAGCAAGUCAUAUCUCACAAAGGAAUUUUGCUCUGUGUCAUUUGUUCCAAAGGAGCUAGAGACUUAAUACGACUUUUUAAAAUGAAAUCUCAGAGUCUGCCCUGUGUUGGUUCUGGGCGCAGUAGUACAGAGGUGCCCCUUGUACUUACCCCCUUUGGUGGCCCUGAUUCCUUUUGAUGAGUCAGAAUUGUCUCCUGACAUAGGAAGGGAGGAUAGACCUGAUUCUGCAACAGCCUCAUCUGCUGGCUGGUCUCUCUGAUUUCUGCUGCUUGUCUCUAUGAUUUAUGGUUAGCCCCCUAAGGGUUCUAUCUUCCAGUUUGAAAACAAACUCAUUGGGGGAAAAGACCACCUGCCCUACUUCCUCCCUCAGACUUGGGAAAGUCCCAAGUGCUCAAAGGUUUGUUGAUUUCUUUAAUGGAACAGGGAAUGUACCUUUCCAAAUUCAGAAAGUGCUCUUUUUUGUGGGGGGAUGGUUGAGUGAUUAGCACCAGUUCUUCUUGUUGAUUUGAAAACUGUUCAUAUGCCACCCUGACUGUCGCACAGAGAACGGCUUCAUAUCCUGGUGUUUGUUUGCAGUGUUUUGGACCACAAAUCUUCUCCUCUAACUCCCUCUCUUUUUCUUCCCAGGGUGCCAGUUGUCCAAAGAGGCCCUCAUAACUCGAUGCAGCACUAACCUCUACCUGGUCACUGACUGCAUGGAGCAUGCCUUGACGUCCCGGCACCCUCGCACACGCUACUCUGGAGGCUGGGACUCCCAGUUCUUCUUCAUUCCUCUCUCUUACAUGCCCACAGCGUUGGCAGACCUUGUGCUGACCUGGUCUUGGCCCAAACCUGCUCAGGCCGUGUGAAGACAGUGACGUGAAAAUAGUGGCUAGGGAAAGAAAAGGGGGGAUUGGGUAGCCAGAUGCAAGAGAACAGAGACAAGGCUCCUAUGCUUUCAAUCGUUGUGUACAAAAGGGAAUUUCAGCAUGUGUGGUUUGUGCUGGUAAGCUGUGCAUGUUGCACGUCCCUCUUCUAUGUAACUAAUCAAGGUUCAGGAGCCUUCUCUGCUUCUGCUGCUGGCCACAGGGCGCACAGGUUGCUACAUCUCACACCUUCCUGAGAUUCUCACCUUUCUGAGUUUUCUGAUGGAGUUCUCCAAACCAAUAACGUGUCUAUAAGGGUCAGGAACAGAAACCAGUCAAAUGAGGAUGAUCAUUAUUUGUUCACAUCAUUGUUGUUAUCAAGUCACCGAAUAAUAGAACUGUAGACUUGGAAGGGACCCUGAGGCUCAUCUAGUCCAACCCCCUGCAAUGAAGAAUCUCAACUAAAGCGUCCAUAACAGAUGGCCAUCCAACCUCCGCUUAAAACCCUCCAAUGAAAGCAAGUCCACAUCCCCCAAGGAAGCUUCUUAGACUGAAUAAAGAAGAGGCAUCCCCAAGUCUGCAAAUGCCAUGUAAUCAAUAACUUUUUUGGAUCUGAUGAUUCCUUUACACUGACAUGAAUGUACAUUAUGUAAGCUAAGUAACUUGUACUAAACAGCAGACAGCGAGGCAAUUCAUGUGUCUGGUGGAAACCAAACUGCAGUAGAAUGGAAGCAGCUUUCUUCCUCCCACUUAAAGAAAUAAAAGACAGAGAGAAACCAAAACUGACAGGUCUGUUCACUCCUAGCUUUAGUGUGCCACUUUGUUUUCCUUCUGAAAAGCUUUUUGCCUUACUAACUGGAUAUUGGGUAGAAAUUCAACAGGCACAACUCUGCCCCAGUCUUGAGAUGCAUGGAGAAAAGGGCUGCCCCCAGUAAUGUUCCGUCUGUUGCGUAAAAAACACAUGGCUUCUCAAGCUGCAAUUCAUGCAAGAGGUGGUGUGGGAACCUCAGGUGUAAUCCUCAACUUCUCGUUUGUUUGUUUGUUUUAUUCUGUGGCAGCCAGUCCUGACCUCACUGUAGAGACUGUGGUGAGGGGGGAAAUUGGUAGUUUCUGCUUCUUCCAUUCAUCCCAUUCCUCACACAUAAAAUUUGAUCUAACUGUAAUUAGUUCUUUGUUUUUAAAAAGCUUUCAAAAUUUUCUAAAAUACAUUCAGGAUAUAUUCAUAAUAAAUCAUAUACUGUGUACUACAUUUGCAAACAAAUUCCUUCUCCAAUAAUUAAUAAAAGUUCAUUGCUGCACAGUGGUACCUCGGGUUAAGAACUUAAUUUGUUCUGGAGGUCCGUUCUUAACCUGAAACUGUUCUUAACCUGAAGCACCACUUUAGCUAAUGGGGCCUCCCGCUGCCGCUG